AUGGAUGAACUCAAGAUUCAAGAACACUUCGUGGCAUUUCUAGGGAAACUGGCGGACCCAACAAUGUUUUUAUUCUUUGCCUUUGCUGGCACUGAGGUUGCCAACAUCAGAAGUGAUAGUCAGGGCUCUAAUAGCACUACCGGAGAAUCCACCGGAUUCAAUCUCGCUUUUCUCAUUUACAUCUCUCUCUCCUUUGGGUUCUCUUUGAUAGUCAGCGCCUGGGUAUUCUUUCAAAUCAACGAUGGUCUGUUCAACCCUGCCGUCACUCUGAGGAUUGUCAUGGUCAAAGCUACUAUAGUUAUUAAUCGUAUUUGCCCGCUGGCGGCCCAGAUGACUAGCGCCACCAUCGGUUCUACGGUUGUACGAUAUCUCUUCCUUAAGUGGUUCGAUAUACAUACUACUCUCGGAGGCGGUGCUUCGCUUGCACAAUGA